UGCAAGUGCUCGACAACAGCCCACGCAUGCAGACGAUUAGUCUGUAAAACAAAUUUAGUUGAAAUUAACAUUGCAAAAAUGUCCUACACGGGGGCGUUUCUUUCCAACGUGCAAAAUCAACUAGGAAUUAUCACCGCUGUCAUAAUUGGCUAUUUCGUGAAAAAAUAUUUCUUCGAUUCGCCUGAAAAUUCGACUUCCGCUAAGUGGAAAUCGCCUUUUGCUGAAGAUACGAGAAGACCAGUGACUCUAUUAGAAACUGAUCAUACCAAACGCGAUCAAGUCAUGAAAAAAGCCUUCACUAAGCAGCUGGCGACAGAGAAGAAAUGGGACGCAAUUGUUAUCGGUUCGGGAAUAGGAGGAAUGACCGCAGCAGCCCUUCUCAGCAAAGCUGGAAUGAAAGUCCUAGUUCUCGAAAAACAUUACAAAUGUGGGGGAUCCUGUCACACCUUCAGAGACGAGGGUUACGAAUUUGACGUGGGAAUUCACUACGUAGGAAAUUUCCUCCGCCCCACUCUGACUAAGACAUUGGUGGAACAAAUUAGUGACGGACAAAUUCAGUGGGCUCAAUUUGAAAAUAACUUUGACCGUCUUAUUCUGGACGCCAUGACUCCAUCGCAAAGAGAGUACAGCAUCGCUUCAGGUCCGGAUGGUUUCAAAAACCAGUUGCUGAAGCAGUUUCCCGAUGAAGUGAAAGGCAUUGAAACGUUCUUCACGUUACUCAAAAAGGCGUACAAACCCCAAGGAACGAUGUCUUGGUUUGGAGUGAAAUUACUUCCCUUAUGGCUCGUUAAUUCGCUCAACUAUUUUGGCUUGCCAACUUAUUUGAGCAGCUUCUACUCUCUAAGUCACCGCUCAACUAAAGAUGUCGUAGAGAGUUUGACGAAGAACAAGGACCUGCAGUUUUUAUUAUCGUACAGCACCGGCGGAUUCGGCUUACCGCCUAGUCAAGUGAGCUUCUCGAUGAUGGCCCUGUUGCAUGUCCAUUGCUGUGAAUAUGGAUCUUGUUACCCGAUUGGUGGAGCUUCUGAAAUGCCUUACCAAAUCAUCCCGGUCAUCGAGCGAUCAGGUGGUCGUGUUUUGAUGAAGGCGAACGUCACGCAAAUUCUAAACGAAGGAGGAAAAGUGACAGGUGUCAGAGUCGGCAACAAAGAAAAUUCGGCGGUUGACAUUCAGGCUCCGAUCGUCAUAUCUGAUGCGGGUUUACACAACACUUUGCAAGACCUACUUCCGGAACACGUAGCCAAGAAGUCGCCCUGCUGGCCACUAACGAGUGCCAUUAAACCAGCCGCCGGUAACAUAAGUGUCUUUAUAGGACUUAAAGGCUCACCCAAAGAAUUAGGCCUCACGGCACAGAAUCUCUGGAUCUAUUCAGGGUCUAAUACCGAAGAUCCAUUUCACGACAUUAUGAAUUCUAAAUCUCCCGAAGAAUUACUUUCGAAACCUUACCCAGCACUUUUCAUUUCAUCCGGAGCAGCAAAAGAUCCUACGUGGGAGGAUCGGUAUCCAGGUCGCAGUGUCAUAUCAGUUUUGACGUUUAUCCCAUAUUCUUGGUUCUCCCAGUGGUCCGAGACGACAGUAAAGAAGCGAGGCGAUGAGUACAAUGCUUUAAAACACGAAAUUGGUCAAAAAAUCAUUGACCAGGUGGUUCAUCUUUUCCCCAAACUCAAAAAUAAUAUCGACUACUACAGCGUGGGGACUCCGGUGACUAUCGGACAUUUCCUAACGACUAAAGAAGGCGGCACUUUCGGAAUGGCACACGGCAUCGAACGUUUUUGCCCGAAGCAGUCGUCUUUAUUGCGACCCGAGUCAGGCAUCAAAGGCUUGUAUUUUACCGGCCAAGACGUGACAUCGACUGGAUUCGGAUCUUGCAUCUACUCCGGAUUUCUGUGUGCCAGCGCCAUCUUGAACAAACACUAUUCUCUACUGUAUGAAUUGUACACGCAGCACAAGAAACUAUAUGGGCCACCUAAACGCUCCGACGAUCUAUUUUUCUAGUUAACUCCGAGUCUUUGUAUCUUUCUUUGAGUGAUGGGCACCAAGAAAUAAAGUUACUUUCAUUUUAAA